UGCGUGCCGAGUGAGCGAACGAGAGAGGCAGUGAGUCAGUUAGUUGGACUCGAGCGCCGGAGAAGGCAUGGUGCGCGAAACAGGCUUCCGACCAUGACAUUCGGAUACGCUUUUCUCGUCUGUUGCUGCCGUGAAAACUAGGGAUAGAAUGGUGGCUUGCACUAGCAGCGGCACACUGCCCUUGGAGGCGCUUUCUGGCAAACCCUUUGGCUCCGAGGCGAGCUUCCAGUUCCGACUGUCCGCCGACCGGGUGUCCGUGGCCAGUUCAGAGCAGCAGUCCGUCUACAAGCAGCGCAUCGAUGCCAUGUUCGACGACUCGCGCUCCUCGCUUUACGGGCACUCACCUUCCAGGCCGAGCAACUUCGUGCAGGUGAAAAUCGAGAAGAUGUUCCAGGAAGUGUCCUCUUCUUCUGAAGACGAACUCCACCGGCAACUCAAGAGGCCUGAAGCGAAUCUUCCAUCUCAACCCAAUGGGACGGAGAAGGAGAGUUUUGCCGUCAAUUACCUUGGAAAGGUGCCACUGACUGAGAACAACACCACAUUACAAAACCUGCAGCAGCCUUUGCGGCAACUGUAUUUCCGUUACAAAGCCGAUUCGGAGCCUUCGACGGGCUCCUCGAGUCGGAUGGAGAUUUCUACGCAGGGCCUGAAGCUGACGCAGCCGGGCAGUGCCAAACCGGAACUUCACUCGUUCUCCACAAUCGCCGUGUGGGCGGCGGUCAAGUGCGUGGCGCGGGCCGAGGGCAGCCGGGCCGCUUUCCUGCCGCUGAUCGCCGACCCUGAUGGCCACGACAAAAGUGCCCUGUUCGCCGAGUUGACGGACGAGCGGGACAUGCAGGUGGCGAACGGCGCGCACUCGCCCCUGCUGGCCGUCAUCAUGCGCCAAAGAGGCACCGCCGCCAGACAACUCUUCUGCCACGCUUAUGAAUGCAGCUGCGCCGAGGAUGCGAUCGUGAUCGCCGCCAACCUUUACCAGGCACUCAUGGUCAACCUCAAAAGUAAACCUCAACAACCAGUGCAAAGAAAAUCGAGCAACGCGUCUCGUCUGGCCGCUUCGUCGAAGCAACCGUCGGAAAGCGGCGUCAACAGCAAAGCACCGGUUCCUCCGAAGCGGCGUCCGAAGCAGCAACAACACGACAAACUGCUGACAUCGGCCAGCGACAACUGCACGACGACAGACGACGACGCGCGGGUGCGUCGACGUAGCCAGCCUGACGGUGACAUCCUCACCAAAAUCACCAUUCCGAAGAGUCGCAGCUUUUUGGUGCGCAACGGUGGCAGCAGUUUGCACGAAUUGUUUGCCGAAAUUCGCACUCAGGAGGGUGUUUCCAACAUGGACGAGGUGUUGGAGAAGAUCGUGAACGCCAACGGCAUGUCCUACAAUGACCUGAAGCCUCUGUACAAGGAACUGCUGCUCAAACUGGCCGUCACCCUGACCAAGGACGAGUUGUACCUUCGGAGCAAGAGCAUCAUGAAGAGGCAGGUCAAGCAGUCGCGCAAAAGGGGCAGACGCAAGAGGGGCAUCAGACACGCUUUCCGCAAGUCCGUCAAGAAGAUCAAGGGAUCUUGUCAGAAAGCUGCCAAGGAUGAGGACCUCUCCAACCUCAUCAGCCGAAGAAGGCCACGCUCAGGAUCGACAAGUUCAUCCUGUCGCAGUGGUCAUGGGGGUCGCAGCAGACGCAACCCUGACGCCGUGGAGACGCGCCUGUCCAACAUUGCCAACAAGGAGAUGCGGAGGCAGGCGCAAAACCUGAUCCGCAAGGGCGAAAUGAGUGUCAGGGUGCGCGAGUCUUCUUCAGGGUACGUCUCCUGCAGCGACUGCAGCCUCACCUCUUGCCUUUGCGACACCGACAGCUGCCUCGAUAGUGACAAGUGCUAUUGCUCCCUGCAAAAUAACAAGAAACAGUUUGUGACGUCUUCGUCUUGGCGGCAUCACCUGAACAAGCCGCCCAGCAACCGAACAAGUCAAAGUCUGCAGAUGCUUCUGCAGCAGCCGAUCACAACGAGGAGCAGACGUCCCAGCUCGUACUGCAGCCGGAUGAACGUGUACGACGUGCUGCCCUCGCAGACGGCGUCCAUUGCGUCCCGGACCAGGUAUCACAGCGUCGACAACCUGGCCCUCGACUAUGAACUUUUCAGGUACAAUGCGGCAAGGCACGCGGCUCGCAGGGCGUCUCUGCAGCAGCAACAAAUGCAUCAACGGGUGAUGGUGGUUUCGGCGCGUGACGACCGCGGCCGGCUGAUCUAUGGCGGUGACUCGCAGAGGUCGCGACCUCGGCGAAGCAGCAGUUUGGCCAGUGAGGCGUUGGCGGUAAAAAAGACCACCGAGAUCGCCUCGCUCUUCUCCAACAUGAAACUCAGCCAAACGACCGACAUCCGCGGAUUCCAGAUGAGUGCCGAGGACGAGGUUUUUUACCACACCUUGGAGCCCGAGGAGCACGCGCCCCUCGGCCGCAGGGGCAGCUACCCCGGGAGCACCCUCGAGAACUCGCUCGGUUACUUGCCAUAGACUUAUUAAAAAAACUGAUCUUGUGAAAACUUUGUGCGUAUGUGUUGUUGUAUUUAUUGGAAUAAAAUUAUAAAUAUUAGUUUCUUUUGACGUGGAACCUGUUGUCAAGUUUGCCUUUUUUAAAUUUAUUUAUUCCACCAGAAAUGUAAAUAAAUGUCUAUUUUGCGACUAUAGAAGUGUUUUUAGUG